UGUAUCAUAAGACUGUGUAUCACGCGUUGGCGUGCCACGAGUCAAGAGUAGCGAAGAGAGAAGACUGGAAGGGUAUUCUGGUGCUGGAAGCGAAGAAAGAAGAGUGGACAUGAUGGGUUCCGUGGGCAGCAGCACGAAGACAGCGGAUUUCGGGCGACGUCUUGUCGGGAGAGGAGCGACGGUGCGAGAGCAGUGUCAGGCGCACGUGGAAAGGGAACCGAGGUCGGCGCUGUCCACUGCUGAGAGCGUGACAGAAAAAGGACUAAUAUGUGUGUGGGUUGCCCGUCUGGAGUAAAUGAUUGUCAAAGUGAGAUUUACAGGUUUGUGUUUCC